AGAACGUCCGGCAUCGACACGUAGAAGAAGGAAAGUUUGCAGUUUGCAGAGAUCGUCGAUGGGACAAAGAUGCCCACGGGCGGUCUGUAGAUCCAUGGAAAUGGAGCACAUACACAUGGUGUUGAUCGUGGUGAUCGGUGGACUCCUGCUGGUUGUGAUAGGGGUGCUGCUGUUCUUCUACGCGUUCGUCUUCCGCCAGAUUUGCUGUCCCCCGAGGCGGAAGAGCGACCGUCUGCGAUACCCGAGGGAUUCGAUCCCGCUGACCAACAUAACGCACUGCUCCAGCCAGCCCACCGAAACGGAACGAGUAUGAGGAAGAAAAGAGCAAAAAAAAACAACCGGAAACGGAACUGUUGAAAUGUGAAACUGUGCGUGCGCUAUGAAGAUGAAUCUUUGCAGAGAGAAGACGAUGUGUAUAUGUAUAUAUAUAAAGAUAGAUAGAUAUGUAAUGUGUCCGUGUUGAAUAUCGAAGCGAGGAAUAAUAAAUAAAAUAUGUUCAAUUAGCGAUUCCAAGCAUGUUGUUCAAUUAACGCGCGCCGCAA